UCGUCUUCUUCUUCUGACAAAGGGGGAUGCGACGAAGACAAUGGCGCUAGUUCUGAACCUACGCCGGCCAACUACAAACUCCUCUCACUCGUCCGAGUUAACUCGUCACCCACUCAUCGAGUCGAGUCGCGUUCAAAAUACAAACCAAAUUUGGACUGCUCUGCAUCGAAAGCUCAAGUGCCAGGCCAGGUUUUCUUGUCUUUUCUCAGACAAUCGCCGAGAGGAACAAGCUAGGAAAGCUUUAGAAGGCGCACUUGGUGGAAAGAAAAAUGAAUUCGAGAAGUGGAACAAAGAAAUUAAGAGAAGAGAGGAAGCAGGCGGAGGUGGUGGUGCUGGUGGAGGAGGUUGGUUCGGGUCUGGUAGAUGGUUUGGAUGGUCGAAUGAUGAUAAUUUUUGGCAAGAAGCACAACAAACGAGUCUUGCCGUGUUAGGGAUUGUUAUCAUGUAUCUUAUAGUUGCAAAAGGAGAAGUGAUGCUUGCUGUCAUAUUCAAUCCCUUGCUGUAUGCUUUGAGAGGCACAAGAAAUGGUUUCACUUUUGUAACAUCUAAAAUCUUGGGGAAGACAUCACCACAUAGUUUAAUUAACUCCGAAAUUAAGUCAAAUGAAGCCUACAGUCGUGUCUCUGCUAAAGAGAGUGUAUCAAGGAAAUGGGGAAGCGAGUGACUAUUUUGUUUCUUGUUUUACAUUCUUCCGUUGUAUUAUGAAGGUUGAAGCUGAAAAAUCUUGAUUGUUGCUUUUUGCCUCCCAAUCUUUGUUGGUUGUGUUUAAGUUGAUAGUGAACCCAACUUCGCAUAUGCCUCGAUUGAUCUUCAUACUUCAUG